AUGGAUAGAUUACCGACUGCGGAGGCAUUGAAAAAAAGGAAUGUUAUCAUCAACCCUUCUUUUUGCAAGUUCUGUGAAUCGAGUGAAGAGACAGCUGAGCAUAUCUUCAUCGGUUGUCAGUCGGCUGCGGUUAUUUGGAACAUCGUCAGUUCAUGGUGCAAAAUCCCCGGUAUUUUUGCCUUCUCGGUUAAAGACCUCUUCACGAUAUUUAGAGAUCUAAGGGUUUCGGAGAAGAAGAGAGAUGCGGUUCAAGGGAUUGUGAUGAUUACAUGUUGGUGCAUAUGGCGAGCUAGAAACAAGGCUAGAUUCUCGGAUUCCACGUUUAAGAUUGAAAAUAUCGUCAGUGAAGUUAAGGCCUUGGGAUUUUUAUGGUUUUCGAGAAGAUCCAAGUAUAAAGAUUUAGUUUGGGACGAUUGGUGUUCAUUUGUAAAUAUAUAA